UGGGACUCAAACUUGGGACAUUUGACCCAGGAGCCUAUUUGCUCAAUCAUCAAGAGACAGAAUCUCAUGGUGGGGUGUCUGCUGGUAAGUGUUGGCUGCCAGGAUCCCAACUCCAGGCCGUCCUUCUAACCCAAGAGGUCCUGCCUCUGCCUAGAGCCUUCCAUGGCUCCCCAGGGUCCUCUGUGAUCGGCCAUAGUGGUAUAAUGAUUCCAUGUGCAAUAACCCUGGUUCAAAUCUUGACGCUACCGCUCACCUCCUUCCGCCCUGUGGGAACUUGCUGCUUAACAGCUCUGGUUUUCACCCGAUUCUCUUACCUGAGAAAUGGAGAUAAUAGUAACACGGACUUCACCGGGGUGUGGGGAGCGCCAGGAGAGGCCAUGCGUGUAAUGUUAUCCGGGCGGCAAGCUUAUAUUUAGGUCUAUGAAAAUAGAAGCUGUCAGUGGCUCUACUUUCAGAAGAAAGUGUCUUUCUUCCUGCUUAAACCUCCGUCCCUGACGGUCCCUGCCAAUCUCUCUGGUCGACCCCAACACACUAGGAGGACAGACACAGGCUCCAAACUCCACUAAGUGAAUCCCGGCCAGAGCUGUGAUUGUGCCCGCUGAGUGGACUGCGUUGUCAGGGAGUGAGUACCCCAUCUUUGGGAGAAUCCAAGCAGGACUACCAUGGAGGAAGGUCAAUAUUCAGAGAUCGAGGAGCUUCCCAGGAAGCGGUGUUGCAGGCGCGGGACUCAGAUCGUGCUGCUGGGGCUGGUGACCGCUGUUCUGUGGGCCGGGCUGCUGACUCUCCUUCUCCUGUGGCACUGGGACACCACACAGACUGUAAAACAGCUGGAAGAGAGGGCUGCCCGGAACGUCUCUCAAGUUUCCAAGAACUUGGAAAGACACCACGGUGACCAGAUGGCGCAGAAAUCCCAGUCCACGCAGAUUUGGCAGGACCUGGAGGAACUUCGAGCUGAACAGCAGAGAUUGAAAUCUCAGGACUCGGAGCUGUCCUGGAACCUGAACGGGCUUCAAGCAGAUCUGAGCAGCUUCAAGUCCCAGGAAUUGAACGAGAGGAACGCAGCUUCAGAUUUGCUGGAAAGACUCCGGGAGGAGGUGAUGAAGCUACGGAUGGAGCUGCAGGUGUCCAAUGGCUUUGUGUGCAACACGUGCCCUGAAAUGUGGAUCAAUUUCCAACGGAAGUGCUACUACUUCGGCAAGGGCACCAAGCAGUGGCUCCACGCCCGGUACGCCUGUGAGGACAUGGAAGGGCAGCUGGUCAGCAUCCACAGCCCGGAGGAGCAGGACUUCCUGACCAAGCAUGCCAGCCGCACCGGCUCCUGGAUUGGCCUUCGGAACUUGAACCUGAAGGGGGAGUUUAUCUGGGUGGACGGGAGCCCCGUGGACUACAGCAACUGGGCUCCAGGGGAGCCCACCAGCCAGAGCCAGGGCAAGGACUGCGUGAUGAUGCGGGGCUCCAGCCACUGGAACAACGCCUUCUGUGACCGUAAGCUGGGCGCCUGGGUGUGCGACCGGCUGGCCACGUGUGUGCCGCCAGCCAGUGAAGGUUCCACAGAGUCCCUGGGACCCGAAUCAAGAUCGGGCCCUGACGGCCGCCUGCCCGCCCCCUCUGCCCCUCUCCACUCUUGAGCAUGGAUACAGCCAGGCCUAGAGCGAGACCCUGAAGACCCCCAGCCACGGCCUAAACGCCUGUUUGUGGCUGAAAGAUCCCCGUGACAUUUUCUGCCACCCAAACGGAGGCAGCUGAUACAUCUCUGGCUCCUCUGUGGCCCCUGCCUUCCCAGGAAUGUCCCCCAACAGUUUCCUCUCCACAUGGGAGUGCCCCCAAACACCACCCUCUCCAGAUGCAGCCCCAUGUCCUCAGCACCCCAGGACCUCAGUACCCCAGCUCAGGUGGCGAGUCCUCCUGUCCAGCCUGCAUCAAUAAAAUGGGGCAAUGAUGGCCCCCCACAUUUGUCUCCUUC